UGCGCACGAGAUGAGGAGCAGACACCCAAGCGUGCACCAUGUCCAAGCCGACCGCAGGAUGGGAGCGCAUUGGCGACCGCUUCUACCGCAAGAUUGAGCUGUACCGCGAUGUUUUCGAUCCCGAACUCGAGCUCGAGAACUACUCGCUCGCCGGCGCUCCUUGUAGUGGUGCUGUAGCGCUUCGACGUGAUCCCUCCAAGGUCUACUCGUUUCGAGGCCCGCAAACCACCAAAGCGACCAUCGAUAUCCACAGCUGCGCCGGUAAGCUGAUUCGACAAAUACAAUGGGACAAAGGCAACAUCAAGUGCGUGGGCUGGUCGGAAGAUGAGAAGCUGUUGGUCGUUACCGAUGACGGGACAGUGCGCAUAUACUCGGACCUCCAAUCCGACUUCACGCCUUUCAACCUGGGCCACGGAGCAGAGGACCAUGGCGUGGUUGGCUGCAAGUUCUGGUCGAGCGGCUUCGUCGCUCUGCUUGGGAAUAAUACUUUGGUGGCAGUCUCGCGAUACGAUGAGCCACGGCCACAGCUACUGGCAUCUGCUCCUCCUGGAGAGGUGGUAUCUUGGGCGAUCAUCUCCCCCGAAUACACAUCUUCACGCUCCGUGGAAGUCCUGCUCGCACUUGAGCACACCGUCUUUGUCGUAGAUGCGGUCGAGUGUGAGGACCGAGGUCUUCAAGCUGGCCCAUUCCGACAUAUUGCUGUGUCACCCAACGGCAAGUACAUCGCAUUGUACACCGAUGAUGGCAAGGUCUGGGUUAUAAGCAGCGACUUCCAAGAUCGUUUCAGUGAAUACGAUUCCAAGGCAAAGACUCCACCAAAGGACUUGCAGUGGUGCGGCAACAACGCAGUAGUGCUCGCGUGGGAAGACGAAAUUCACCUCGUGGGACCGAAUGGCUCAGCGUUCAAGUGGUUCUACGAUUCCUGGGUCCAUCUUCUGCCUGAUGUGGAUGGCAUCCGCAUAUUGACAAGCGAUGUCUGUGAGUUCCUGCAGAAAGUGCCCGAUGAUACCGAGAAGGUGUUCAAAAUUGGAUCAGACUCCCCGCCUGCCGUAUUGCUAGACGCUAUCGUGCAGCUGGACAACAAGUCACCCAAGGCCGAUGACAAUAUUCAGCUCAUUAGACCAAAUCUGGACGAGGCUGUGGAUGUGUGUGUCCGCGCGGCGGGUCACGAGUUCAACGUUCACUGGCAGAAGCAACUCCUGAAGGCAGCAUCAUUUGGCAAAUCUGUGCUAGAUCUGUAUAACAGCGACGAUUUCGUGGACAUGACCGAGGCUUUGCGCGUAUUACACGCCGUGCGGGAUCAUGAGAUUGGCUUGCCACUUUCUUAUGAGCAGUACAUCCGCCUCACACCCGAGCGACUCGUGCAACGGCUGGUCAACCGACAGGAGUACCUGUUGGCACUGAAGAUAUCAGAAUAUCUGCACUUGCCUGUGGAUAGGAUAUACGUGCACUGGGCGCGUCAGAAGGUUCGAAGCUCAACCACGGACGAGGAGAGCAUAUCUCGCGAGAUAGUGCGCAAGCUCCGUGGCAAACGUGGCAUCUCAUUCGAAGAGGUCGCGCGAGCAGCAUACGACGAAGGAAGAGGGAAGCUUGCAACUCAGUUGCUAGAACAUGAACCGAGAGCUGGAAAGCAAGUUCCCCUUCUUCUGGAUGUUGGCGAGGAGUCUGUCGCACUUGACAAGGCCAUCGACAGCGGAGACACUGACCUCGUGUUCUACGUCCUGCUAAAUCUGAAGAAAAAGAUACCACUAUCAAGCUUCUUCCGGACGAUCAACAGCAGGCCUGUUGCCACAGCGAUCGUAGAGUCAUCUGCAAUCGACCAGGAUGUCGAGUUGCUGAAAGACCUCUACUACCAGGACGACCGACGGCUAGAUGGCGCUAACCUUCUCAUAUCGGAAGCAUUGUCCGCGAGUGACGUACAUCCUGCGAACGAGAAACUAAAGAUGGCUGCGAAGUUGCUCCGCGACAGCAAGGAGUAUGCACCGCAAGUCACAGCAGUGGAAGAAGCACAGAAGUUGCUGCGAUUCCAGGAAACAUUCGAGAAAGAGCUGAAUGAGAGCUAUGUCGGACUGUCUGUGAAUGAAACGAUGAGCAAGCUCAUCAAGCAGGGUAAUAUCAAGCGCUCACAGAAGAUCCAAACGGAGUUCAAGGUCAGUGAUAAGACCUACUGGUGGAUCAGAUUGAGGGCACUCGUAAGCAGACGAGACUGGAGGGAGCUGGAAGAGACCGCAAAGCAGCGCAAGAGUCCCAUUGGGUGGGAGCCAUUUUUCAACGAGAUUCUUGGUGCAGGGAACCCCAAGGUUGCUUCGGCUUUUAUACCAAAAUGCACUUCGCUCACCCCCGCCGAACGCAUUGAAAUGUGGGUAAAGGUCGGAAUGGUGAACAAAGCAGGCGAAGAAGCGUUGAAAAUGAAAGACCGAGCAACACUUGAAGACCUGAGGUCGAAGGCCAGUGGACAACAAGUGCUCGAUAUCGAUCGCAUGAUUGCUCAGCUUUCCAGAGGACGGUAGCACGAAAAGAAGCUGUUUAUCCCGGUCCCGCAAAGGCAUAACAUCGGCAAUUGCAUCGUUACACCCCGCAUUAUAGCGACCGGCAACGUCUGCAGCGUGGAGAUGGUGUUCAACUAGUGACCACCAGACCGAUGGCAUCUGCGGAGAGGUCAGACCUUGGUAAAACUUGACUAGCGGUGCAAUGCAGGUACAAGUCCAUAAGCCGAUAUAAACUUCGUCAAGAUUUAUAGAAUUGCGCAACUAUACAGGCCUCUGCCAACUAGCUCUAUUAUCCGAC